GUGGCUAGUGGACAGUAAGCCUCAAAUGCAGACCGCACUAUCAAUUCAUUAAAUAAGGUGAAAAAGUUUAGGUUUGGCCAAAGAGUACUUCGUCAAACUCCAGAACCAAUUUCGAAUAACUAAAUUUAAAACUUACUCCAUAAUAGCUUAACUAAUUUUUGUUUUUGAGGCCCCAAUAAAAAAGUGAGGCCCUAGGCAAGUGCCUAGGUGAAAUGGCCUCGUGGCCGGCUCUGUUCUUGUCAUGUUAUUGCAUCAAAUACAAAUUACAUUGCGCUCACUACUCACUGUUUUAGAAUUCAUUGCACACAGUCUUCAAUCAUCUCCAACCCAGGGUUUGUCUCUAUACCUUGUGUGGUGUGCGUGCAGGCAUGGAGACAACGGCGGCAUAGGGUAGGCGUGCAUACAAGGGCACGACCAUGGUGAGUAGGCAAGGGGACAACGGUGGCGCAUGAGAACGGCUGUUGGUAGGCACGCAUGCAGUGGGAGGGUCGCGGUCAGCAUGAAUGGGAACUGAUGAAAACGGUUAGCAACACAAGAGGGGGGGUGAAUUGUGUGUGUGUGGAACCGUGUCAGUUUUUCGCCGAGUUCUAGUGUGGGAUAAAGGGAAUUGCAAAACAGUAAAGUGCACAAGAAUUUAACGAGGAAAAAUCCCUUGGCUCAAAGGGAUUAAAAAACCUCGACCUCCCUCGGAGGAAUUUUAAACAACUUCACUAAACAAGCCUUUGAAAGAGUUACAAGAGUGAUUCUCCUAAUCUACCCUUGAGCCUCCCCAACUCUAUCCUCUCUAGGAAGAGUUAUGCAUCUCUACCUUGCGGGUAGAGAGCCUCUCAGCUUUGUCACAAAGCUCUCACACACACUUAACCCGAGGCAGCUACUCUAGCCAAUUAAGCCUCAAUAUUCCAAGUACAAUAUGAAAGGGAAAGGAGAAACUCUAUCUAGAACUCCGAGCAGGCAGUUUCAGUCGCCAAGGACUUGAUCUUUUCUUGAAUGAUUCUUCUAAGUAUUUUUCUCGGUUCAGCACACCCCUUUCUCUUUAGCUUCUUCGAUUAUAUAUAGGCUACCUUGAUUUGUCCGUUGGUGUCUCUUUCACUAAGAAAUUGAGCUUCCAUACUUGGAACUUGCCUUGAUAUUAUUUGAAUUGCUUUCCUUUCAUAAUAUAUCUCAUAUCCGAGCUUAUGCAGUAUAUAAGGCAGCCAAAUUAAAAUAUCACAAUCAUAUAUUUAAGAUGGCAUAUCAGUCAUAGAUUAAGAGAAUAUUUCGGCUCAUUCAAAGUACGUGAGAUCAAUCAAUAUUCAUUCCAAAAAUAUUUACUUCAUAAGAUGACUUUUCAAAUUGUAAGGCUGCAAAGUAUUUAAGCAUCCUACGGUCAGUUGAAACAUGAGUCAUGCAAAGCCCUUUUUUUUUUAUUUUUAAAAAAAACUUUCCAUAAAGCAUUUUAAUCAUUGUUGAGGUCAAACUCACUAAGAUGGGUGCUUAGUCAUGCAUGGAAAGAUAUUUGAAAUAACCCACGUAUACUUAGAUAAGCAAUUAAUCAUGCAAGCACAUUAUAGCAAUUAGCAAGGAGGAUACUUUCCAUAAAAUAAGCAAAGUAAUAUACGUACCACUCAAAUAAGCAAAUCACGUAUAUAUUUAAAAAGCACUCAUAUUUCUUUCCAUAAAGUGACUUUCCAUAAAGCAUAUGUAGCAAUACAUUUCACAAAAUAUUCAAUCAAUUAUGGAAAGGUAUUAAUGCAGUAAAAUAUCAUACGUUGAAAGACAUGCACAUGCAGACACAUAACAAAUUAUGGGACCGAAUGUUUCGUGGAACUGUUCUGUCCAGAGUUCAUAUUAGAACUCUCCGUAGUCGGUUCUGUCCCCCGUUCCACCUGCAUGAUUAGUCAUCAACAAAACCACAUACUCAACAAAUUCCCCCUUUUUGUUGAUGACAAACAUUAGGUGCCAUAAUAAAGAUAUCCCUGCAGAUUAGUAUCAAGCAUAAAUAGUAGAGAAAUCUACACAUAAAGGGGCACCCGCUUUUUCCCCCUUUUGUCGUUUUGAUGAGACAGUAUUCCCAGCCUUAGGGGGAGAUAUUAAAGAAAUGGACCCACGUACGAAAGAUAUUACUUGGAAUGCAACAAAUUUAUCUUUUCUUGAUUCUCGCACAAAUGCUUGUGAACAAGAAAUUCAAAAGAUUAUUCAUUUACAAAAUGUUGCAAACCAAUUGCCUGAUGCUUUCACAGACUCAAAGAAAGUGACAAAGUCACAUGUUCCAGCUAUGAAUGCUCCUUCUCGAAUAGAAAUUCCUGCGGAGAUUAGCGAAAGAACACUUGCUAAUGAAUCUAUGAUACGUAAAAAACGUGGUAGACCACUUGGUUCAAGAGAUUUGAAACCAAGAAAAUUUAAACAACAAGUUGUAGUGUGUGAUGCCAAAGAAGUUCAACCUUCUCAAGAAGAAAAUGAACAUUUUGAAAAUAUCGCCCUUGAAGAUAACAUCAAUAAUAAUGAUACCUCAAAAGAGGAUCCAAUCACCUUCGAAGAGGUAAAUAUUCCAGAUAAAGAUAGAAACGUCGAUAAUUUUGAAAUUUCAAUUAAUUACGUUUCUAAUGGAAUACAAUGGAAUAGAAAUGAUAUUGAUGUUAAUGAUAUAUUUUCAUAUGCCAUCGCCAUAGAUAUAAUGAAUGAACACGAUGACAAUGAGCCUAAAUCUAUUGACGAAUGUCGUCGUAGAAAUGAUUGGCCAAAAUGGAAUGAAGCAAUUCAGGUAGAAUUAAAAUCGCUAGAAAAGCGUAAUGUUUUUGGACCAAUUGUCCAUACGCCAAAAGGCGUAAAACCUGUCGGUUUUAAAUGGGUUUUUGUGCGUAAACGCAACGAGAAAAAUGAAAUCUUUAGAUACAAAGCCCGACUUGUUGCCCAAGGUUUUUCUCAAAUGCCAGGAAUCGAUUAUGAUGAGACGUAUUCUCCAGUAGUUGAUGCUACAACUUUAAGAUUUUUAAUUGGCAUGUCUGUUUUUGAAAGGCUACAAAUGCGCCUAAUGGAUGUGGUGACCGCAUAUUUAUACGGUUCACUCGAUACAGACAUAUAUAUGAGAAUUCCUGGAGGCUUUAAAAUACCUGAUGCUUAUAGCUCGAAAUCUCGAGAUUUAUUUUCCAUAAAAUUGCAAAAGUCAUUAUAUGGAUUAAAACAAUCUGGACGCAUGUGGUAUAACCGUCUCAGUGAAUAUUUGAUUAAAGAAGGGUAUAAAAAUGAUCCUAUUAGUCCAUGUGUUUUCAGUCAGCGAUCCGAAUCAGGAUUCGCCAUAAUUGCAGUAUAUGUUGAUGAUUUGAAUAUAAUCGGAACUCCUAAUGAAAUUGAAAAUACUGCAAAAUAUCUCAUGAAAGAAUUUGAAAUGAAAGACCUUGGGAGAACAAAAUUUUGUCUCGGCAUUCAAAUUGAACAUUUGAGAAAUGGUAUUUUCAUCCACCAAUCAAAUUAUACCGAGAAACUUUUGAAGCGAUUUUACAUGGAUAAAGCACAUCCGCUCAAUUCUCCAAUGGUGGUUCGAUCUCUCAAUGUGCAUGAUGAUCCUUUCCGACCUUGUGAAGAUGAUGAAGAAAUCCUUGGUCCCGAAAUACCAUAUUUGAGUGCUAUUGGAGCAUUAAUGUAUUUGGCUAAUAAUACUCGACCACAUUUUGCUUUUUCUGUAAAUUUAUUAGCCAGGUACAGUUCUUCCCCAACAAGAAGGCAUUGGAAUGGUGUCAAACAUAUAUUCCGAUAUCUCAAUGGUACAAUCGAUCUUGGAUUGUAUUUCAAGAAUGGUGCAAAUGCCACUUUAAUUGGCUACGCGGAUGCAGGAUACUUGUCUGAUCCACAAAAGGCAAAAUCACAAACAUGAUAUUUAUUCACCUAUGGUGAUACCGCUAUAUCAUGGAGAUCAAUGAAGCAAACAUUAACUGCAACAUCAUCAAAUCAUGCAGAAUUAAUUGCUCUUUAUGAAGCAGGUCGUGAGUGUGUCUGGUUGAGAUCAAUGAUCCAGCACAUACAAAAUGAAUGCGGUAUAAAAUCUUUUACUUCUAAUCCUACUGUGAUUUAUGAAGAUAAUACAGCAUGUAUAGCUCAGAUCAAAGGAGGUUACAUCAAAGGGGACAGAACAAAGCAUAUAGCACCAAAACUUUUCUCCACACAUGAUCUUGAGAAAGACGGAACGGUUGAUGUCAAACAAAUCAAGUCAUGCGACAACCCUGCUGAUUUGUUCACAAAGUCAUUGGCACCGAAGAAAUUUGAAGAACUGGUCCAUAAAAUUGGAAUGUAUCGUCUUCGAGAUAUAUGUUAAAUUGAGGGGGGGUAAUAUAAUGCACUGCACUCUUUUUCCCUUCGUCAGGUUUUUAUCCCACUGGGUUUUUCUUGACAAAGGUUUUUAACGAGACAGUACGUUAUAAUACUAUGAAACUAAUACCCCAGAAUAAUUAGAAGAUGACCAUUCAAGGGGGAGUGUUGAAAUAUAAUUGAAUUAGUCAUCUUCCAACUAUUCCUGAUUAGGAAUUAUUAUCACCAUUAUAUAAAUAAUUAGGAAAUCAUAAUUAUGAUUUCAAGGUGAUAAAUGUGUGGCUCACAAUGAUCUCCUAAUCUCAUUGAGCUCACACUUUCUCCUAUAAAUAGGAGUCAUUCUCAUUGUAAUUAACACACCAUGGUUACACCAUUAUCACACUCUCAAUAAUAUAAUCUAUCACUAAGUGUUCAUACUAUAUUUCUCUCCCUGAUCUUCUGCUUAUUUCCUUCCAUAUUAUAACAGAAAUAAGUUUGUUUAGCAUCUCACCAGCAAAUCACCUCCAAACAUUCACCUUACUCCCAACUCCCAAGUCGAUAAUUGCCAAAUGAAAGACACUCAUUACUACGAACUCCCUGAAUUGCCAGGCAUGGGCGUGCCUAGCAGGGAGGCACGUCGUGCCUGGCCAUGAUGCGCGGGAUUCCCCCGGAGGCACGGUUGAAGACACUGUCUGCCUCUGAAAAUCCUAAUUCAGCUCAAAUUUCACCCGUUUUUUUAUUUAAACGGCCCGUAAAUCUCCUUUUUGAGGGGGCUUAGAGAGAGUGCCGAACACGAAAUUUAGAGAGCUUUUCGGCCUUGUUUAUCAAUGUUUUGGGAUUUUUUUGUAAGUUUCAUCUUUUUAAUUAAUGACAAUUAAUUCUUUUUAUUCCCCAUUUAGUCUUGUCUCCACCCCACUACCAUUGGUUACUCCCAGAGACCCAUAUUUUUCUAAAAAUGUCCAGAAAAUAUUAAAAAUUGUCCGAUUUCUUUGUUUUGAAAAUAUUCUUAGAAACUACCUGCAACCACAAAAAAUUUUAAAAAAUUGAAAACACUUUACAUAUAUAAGAAAUUAUAUUGAAGCCUAUUUAAACAUUAGAAAGCUAUAUAGCAAAACAGGAAAAAUAGUUAUAUACUAUAGAGUAGUAUUUAUUAUAUAGAAAAUGCUCAUAUACCAUGCUCCGUAUAUAUUGCUUAUAAAAUUAUUAUUAAUAUUUUUACUUCUUAAAGAGAAAGUAAAAUGUAAGAAAGUACAGGAAUUAUGAUACAUUUACAAAUAAUUCGAAGAAAAACACACAAAAUGUAUAAAAAAAAUUGGAAAUAAUUUAAAGGGGGACUGGCUUUUCCGUUUGGAAAUAAUAAAUUUCGACUUGGUUUUUUUGGAGGAAUGUAUAACAUUGUAUUCCAUUUUUUUAAUUUUCUUAUGUUUUUACAUUUUUGAAUAAUUUAUAAAUUCACAUUAUUAUAUAAUGUUUGAUUUUUACAAAAUUUAGAUUUUUAUACUCCGUAAUUUUUUGUGUUUUUUUAUUAUUUAAAGAUUUAAAUAUUAUUAUAUUUUUUACAUCUCAAUUACUAACUACUCCGUAUAUCUUUCAAAAAAAUAAUGACGUUUUUCACAUUUUUUUUCAAAUAUCACAAUUUGAAGAAUGUAACUUGUGCUAUGGAGGACGGAGGUCGUGUUCCCGGCUGAUUUUGUUUCUAACUAAGCAUGCUUAUUUGUUAUUAAUUAUUAUAUCAUACUACGUAUGUACGUGUUUUAUGGACAAGAAUUUAUAUGCGACAAGAAUUGUUUUUGAAUUUAUGUAAGAGAAAAUUAUUAGAAAUAUGAUAAAACGAGAUGUUAAAUUAAAGGUGUUUUAAUUUGGCUGUACGGUAAAAAUUUUUGUGUAAUAUGUGAUGGGGUUUUUACUUGGAUAUUACUAAUUUUGAACCAUUUACCCAAAAAGUGAUCACUUUUAAAAGGGGGCAAAAAAGUGAUCAAGAAGGUCAUAUAUGUGCAAUUAGAAAACAUGAUGUAACUGCAAAAAUUUUAUGUCACUGUGUGUUCGUUUUUUUGUAACUACAACCAUCACCCAUGUCACUACAACCACCGCCCGUGUCACUGUAGCCACCACCCAUGUCACUACAACCACCGCCCGUGUCACUGUAGCCACCGCCUGUGUCACUACAACCACCGCCUGUGUCACUGUAGCCACCGUCCGUGUCACUGUAGCCACCGCUCGUGUCACUAUAGCUCCCACCCAUGUCACUGUAGCCGGACACAACCGCAGUGACGCCGUCGCAGUGACGCCACCGCGUGCUAUUGACACUCCGGCACAACCCUUGCACCUUGUCCUAGCCUAGAGCCGUCCAUCAACCCCUCACAACCAGAUCCACCCCCAACACCGCCCAGAUUCACCCCCCCCCCCCCCCCCCCAACACAACCGGCCAAAGUCUGCGACCUGCCAACCUCCGCUGUCAACCACCACACCCCAGCCCCUACCUCACCCAGCCCCCUACCUCACCCACCCCACUCCCCUGUCUCAUCCCAGCCCCCUGCCUCACCCACCUCACUCUGCGUCACCCAACCCACCUGCCUCACCAGAUCUCAGUCCCAGCGGCCAGAUUUCUAACCUUAGCAAUGGAGACCAUCACAGAAGGAUAAAUUAAAGAAGAAGGGAUGAAAUUGCAGAAGAAGAAAUGAAAUCGCAAAGCUUCUCCAGUCGUCAAUGGAUUCCAAGCUUUGGUCGUCGUCCAUUGGAGCCAUAUCCGAAGCGUCGUCCUUCAUUCCGAGCUCGCCGAAGUGGUGAAUCAUCUGGAGUUGAGCGGAUUUGGAGCAGACACGACGGAAGGACAAAGCUUGUGGAGCAGAUCUGGAGCGGGCGGCGUCUGGUGGUGUAGGCGGCGAGAUUCGCUGUCUUCGACGGAGCUGGUGACGGAAGAAGAUAGGCGAUGCAGAGCUGGUAGAUCUCGGAGCAGAUGCGAAGAGCUUGUUCAUCUCGGAUGAUGAUGCAGAUGGAUGCGGCCUGCGGGCGACCUGUCUAAUUCACGGGAGACGGAGGGAGGGGUCACGUUUUGGGGAAAAACAAAAGUGGUUAUAUUUUUUGAAAUAGAAACCUGGGGAGUAAUAAUAGGGCCAUUGUUUCAUAUGUGAUUGGCAUGCGGAUGUGAUUCUUGGCUUCUCUAAUUAAUUUGUUUGUUGUGAGUUCUCUCUAGGGCUUUGACUAUGUCGGCCGCUGGAGCCUUUUUCCGAUUUCGACUUUGUCGAAGAUCGGCUUUGCUAUCCCUUAGCUUGGUCGCUGGUGCUCGGCUGGAGUCCAAGUCAGACGCGAAGGGCGGAGAUCGGUGGAGGAGGACGGAUUUGCUGUCAUGGCUCGAGGAGAUCGGCGAUGUGGUCAAGGGUCGAGGAUGCAGCGUUGCUGACUUGCUGUCGUCGUUGGAGAAGAUCGGCGCCGCCUAUCCGUUUACUCUGGUCGCACGGAGCAUGGAUGAGUUUGGUUAUGUGGGGAAAGAGGAUUGAUGCAUGGUUUUUGGCAGCCAAAUGUCAUGGAGGAUCAAUUAGCAUGGUACCGGUGGUACGACAUGCUCUUGAACCACCACCAUGGGAUGUACAAGGCGUUAGAGUUCGUGAAAGUUUUUCUUGUAGUUUUUAUCUGUUUGUUAUUUGUUUUCUUGUGUCUUUUUGUGUUGUUGGUUUUGACAGUUGUUUGAGUUUUUUUGCCGCUGUUUAUGCCAUUGGGUAUGGUUGGAUCUAUGAGAACAGAUUUGGUUGUGUCAAGCCCACUACAUGGUUAGCGAUUCGUGUUGCUCUCUCAGGGGUGACCGUCUCAAAGUCUCACCAUAAGGUUAUAGUCGUAGUUGUUGGAGUUUCAGUUGGUGUCAGUUUUAUUUUCUCUUUGUUUAAUGUAAUGAUCCUGAAUCUUUUGAUAUGAAUAGAGGUCUGUUUUGAUAAUUAAAAAAAUUGGCUAAACGCCCGGUAUGUAUUUCGAUAUGGUUUUUUCAUCCAUCAUUUUAUUUAAUCAUAUAUUUAAAUUUGUUAAUUAUAAUUUAAGAAUUUAGGAAUGUUUUAAAUAAACUUCCCAAAAUGUCAUACCAAAUUAAGAAUUCUUUUCAUACUUUAAAUUGACCUCAGUUGAAACGGACGAGAACCUACAAAAUACAGUUGAG